AUCAAAUUGUCUCUUAUUUGUUACAAUUUUCGUUUAGCUCUGGAAUAUUCUAGGAUGAGCGUUAAGUCGCCACAGACUAUAAAUAAAUACAUUUCCAACGUGGUAUUCUAUGAUGAUAAUUUAAUUUUGAUUACUUUAAGCGGCGUUUUGUGAAUCGACGUAGGGCUUUUUCAAAUCAAACGAGGAAAGCAAGAACAAUCUUAAAAAUAUGUCCGUCGAAGUUGAUAUUUCACCGAAACGGGAUGGGGGAGUGUUAAAACAGAUAAUUCAGGAGGGCGUGGGGGACGUUGUUCCGCCUCCGGGAUCGAAAGUCAAGGUACACUAUACGGGGACGCUUCUGGACGGUACAAAGUUCGAUUCCAGCCGCGACAGAAACGAUCCCUUCCAAUUUAACUUGGGAAAAGGUAGCGUUAUAAAAGCAUGGGAUAUAGGAGUGGCAACAAUGAAAAUAGGGGAACGGGCAAUCUUGACCUGCUCCCCAAGUUACGCUUACGGUGAGGCGGGUAGCCCCCCUACUAUUCCACCAAACGCUACCCUUAAAUUCGACGUUGAAGUAUUGGAUUGGAAGGGCGAAGACCUCAGCCCGAACAAAGACGGUGGUAUUGAAAAGGCCGAAAUCUUGAAAGAAGGCCACGGAUAUUCGACGCCCAAUGACGGAGCUCUUGUCGAAGUUCAUUUAACGGGGAAAUAUGGUGGCGCGGUUUUCGAAGAUAGAGACAUCAGUUUUGCCAUUGGCGAAGGCGCUGAGGUUAAGGUAAUCGAGGGUGUAGAAAAAGCACUGGAGAAAUUUAACAGCGGUGAGACAUCGAGGUUAAUUAUACAACCGAAAUAUGCAUUUGGCAAAGAAGGCAACACAGAGUUAAAUGUGCCCCCCAACGCAGUCGUUGAAUAUAUAGUAACAUUGAAAAAGUUUGAAAAAUCCAAAGAGAGUUGGGAGCUUGAUGUGGAAGAGAAAGUGGAACAGUGUAAAAUGUUUAAGGAAAAAGGGACAGACUAUUUCAAAAAUGCAAAGUACAACUUGGCCAUAAAAUUUUACAAAAAGAUUCAGAAUUUCCUGGAGUCAGAAAAGGACUCCAGGGACGAAAUUAAUCGGCAAAUAAAAUCGCUUCUGCUCGCGUCCCACUUGAACGUGGCACUGUGCCAGCUAAAACUAAAUGACAAUUUCGAGGCCAAAAUGGCAGCGACAAAAGCGCUCGAGUUCGAUCCUGUAAAUGAGAAAGCCCUGUUUCGGCGCGGGCAGGCGCUUUUGGCAUUGGGCGACGCCGAUCUUGCUUCCUGCGAUUUCGCGCAUUGUCUGAAAAUCGAUCCGAACAAUUCGGCGGCCAAAAGUCAACACGCGGCGUGCGCUAGGAUCCUGAAACAGCAGUUGCAAAAAGAGAAACAGAUCUACGCGAACAUGUUCGACAAGUUCGCCAAACACGAUACCCAGAGGGAGGAGAUUGAGAAAGGGCGCGAGCUGAACGUCAUGAGCUCGGUGGGAGAGUGGGGGAUAGAGGACAGGGAGAGGGAGCCGAGCGAGUUUGAAAAGGAAAACCCCAAUAUAUUGAUGCUUAAUAGUAGCGGGGAGUUUAAGGACAUGUAAAAAUUCUGGGGUAUGCGGGCAUACCCUAUGGUUAAAAAACAAACUUUACAGUUUUGCGAGGUUAAGGUCUUGAUGUACAAUAGGUCGCUUUAACGUACUCGUAAGCUACCGACACCCCACCUGUAACUAUUAAACAAUCACUAUGGAAUAUCUAAUCUGCAAAGUCGUUAACAGUCAUUACCUACUACAAUUUUUUUUCUUAUUGUUUUAAAAUAUUUUUUAUUAGUUUUGCAAUUAAUUUAAAAAGAUCAUCUUUAUAUUUUUUUAAACCGAAAAAAAAAAACACCUUUAUAGUAAUAUAUAGUUUAUUCUUUGAUGUAAGACCUACAUAAACUAUGUGUAAUAAUAAAUCAUUCAAUGUAAAUAAAAAAAACAGUACAUUUAUUACAAAAAAAAUAAACAACAAAAAAAUGACAAUUUUCUUCCCUAUUCGCACAAUGGGGCUUGAGCACCGUUUCGGUCGGGGUCCUGCCGCGCCGCCCCACCCCCCACCCCAUCGAGGUGCCCAAUUUGUGGUCGUCGAAAUUUAUUCCAAGCGCGAAAGAAAGACUCUACGUAACACGCGCACACACAGUUGAAUCUACCACCAAACACUCGGUUUGACGAGGGGGUGGGCCUCUUUCGCAAAGUCCUUAAAUGCAAGCGAAAUGUUCGAAGAAAAACGGGUGCGAGUGUGAGAUUAUUUACGCAA